AUGAUACUUAUAUGGUGAGCUUAUGUAACAUAGAGUGUUAUAAUUCUCUGCACUAUAAUUUUUUAGAAAAUAAAUUUUUUUAACUUACCAAAAAAAAAAAAAAAAUCUGAAUCUAAAUUUAAUAAUAAUAAUAAUAAUAAUAGUUAUAAUUAAUUAGAAUUAAAAGCCCAUGAAUGUGGCGUUGGAGGGCUCCGGUGUUCUGCGAGAGUGAAACGCCGUAGCUGUGUUCAUUUCAAUUUCUUUCAAAAGCCACGCAGAUCUCUACUCUUUCUCUCUCUCUCUCUUUCUCUCUCGUGGGCAUAUUCGGCAACGAAACAGUUGGAGUAAUGGGGCUUCUCAGCAUCAUUAGAAAAAUCAAGAGAAAAGAGAAGGAAAUGCGUAUACUCAUGGUGGGUCUUGAUAAUUCAGGGAAGACUACAAUUGUGUUGAAAAUCAAUGGAGAGGACACUAGUGUUAUCAGUCCCACCCUCGGCUUCAAUAUCAAAACCAUCACCUACCACAAGUAUACUCUUAAUAUAUGGGAUGUUGGGGGCCAAAGAACCAUAAGAUCUUACUGGAGAAACUACUUCGAACAAACUGAUGGUUUGGUAUGGGUCGUUGAUAGUUCAGAUCUUAGAAGGUUAGACGAUUGCAAAAUGGAACUGGAUAACCUUUUGAAGGAAGAGAGGCUGUCGGGAGCAUCCUUGCUGAUACUAGCAAAUAAGCAAGAUAUAAAUGGAGCUCUUACACCAGCAGAAAUAGCUAAGGUCCUCAACUUAGAAGCUAUGGACAAAACCAGGCAUUGGAAAAUUGUGGGCUGCAGCGCAAUCACGGGUGAAGGGCUUCUUGAGGGAUUUGAUUGGUUGGUCCAGGAUAUUGCCUCUCGAAUCUAUGUGCUUGACUAACUAAUGUUUUCAUCCAAGACAUCUCUAUUUGUACGGGACAAGUUUCUAAAUGCCAUUUACAACAGCUAAACAGAUUUUGAGAGCAUUUCAUAUAUAAGCCGCCAUCUUAUUGGGGAA